CAUGACGAUCUAUACCAACAAAGUUGCGUGACAGGUACCGUCGAAAUGCGAAAACAAUGUCGCUACUUCGUUUACGUUUACCUUGAGUUAAUCUUUAUUAGUAUAUUGUUGAGUUUUGAUCAUGCUCUGGCACAACCGUGGAACGAGCGCGCUUCUGGCGCGGACAGCUUCUCGGCGCUGAGGGCGGAAGUAUACCAGGCACCUGUGCUCCUAGGAACGAGAGCGACCGCGCCAGCAUCUACCACUGACUCAGCCUCAGACUCCAACUCAGUCUCAGACUCAGCCUCGGACCCCAAUUCCAUCUCAGACUCGGUCUCAGGCACAAACUCGCACGUGCACUGGGACCCGCACGGGCCUCCAGGGGGCGCGGCGGGGCCGCGCCGGCUGCAGCAGGCAGACACGUCGGGGGCUGCAGCUACCCCUUCGUCCCCCGGCGCCUCAGACCAGGGCGCCCCGCCGCCGCCGCUGUUGGUGCCGCUGCUGCCGUACGGCCUUAGCAACCAGGUGCUGGCGCUUAAAGAGGCUCUGGCGCUGGCCGCCGUGCUGGACUGGACCGUUGCCUCAUUUGGCUUCUGGCCACACAGCUCGGAGGUCGCGGCGGCAGAGAAGGCGGCGGCGGCGGGAGCAGCAAGAGAUGGUGGUGCAGGAGGUGGUGGUGCAGGACGUGGCGGUGGUGUGGCGGGCGCGGGGCCAGGGGCGCUGGCGGCGGCCGCCGCACUGGCGCCCAUCAUUCCCUUUGACCUCGUGUUCAGCCGGGAGUCGCUCGCGCCCGUGGUCCGUGUGCUGGGCUGGGAGGAGGCAGUGGCGAUACAGCAGCAGCAGCAGCAGCAGCAGCAGCGGGUGGCAGCGGACGGCAGUAGCAGCGGCAGUAGCAGCGGCAGUAGCAGCAGCAGCGGCAGCAGCGGCAGCACAGGGGCGGAGCGGCCGUUUCAAGUGGAGGGGGUGGUGUCACUCAGUCCUCUGUCGGGUUUCAGCAACACGUUAUCGAAGGCCAGCGCCUCGGGCUUUGUGGCUGUGCCCAAGAGCGCCAAAACACUGAGGAACCACGGCUUCAAAUGUGACGCAAAAGGUUUAGAGUGGCUGCGGAAUGCACUCGCCGGCGGCAGCCGCAGCAGUAGCGGCAGCAGCCGCAGCGAUAGCGACAGCAGUAGCAGCGGCCGCAGCAGUAGCAGUGAAGGCAGUAGCAGCAACGCGGGUGUGAUCAGCUGGUCGCGAUCGGCUGCGCUGUUCAGCUACCGGCGGGUGGUGCCGCCGGCGCGGAGCUCCUACCGGCCCUUCGCCAACGACACCAGCCCCUGUGCGCGAGCCUUUCACCAGGUGACGCUGCGGCUGGCCCGCUCCGACCUGGUCGAAGCCACAGCCCGAGACUUCGUGGCGGCAGCGCUGCUGGGGAGCGGCGGCGGCAGCGGCGGCGGCGGCGGCAGGGGCGGCGGCGGCGGCAGGGGCGGCGGCGGCGGUGCUGGUGGCGGCGGCGACGACAGAGCGGCGUCCGAAGGCAGCAGUACGGCGUUGGAGGUGGCGGCGGAUGCCUCGGCUGCCGUACGUCCGCCGCCGCCGGUAGCGCCGUACUACGUGGCCCUGCACGUGCGGCCGUACCCGGACAGCUGCAUGGACUACUUUGUGAACAUGACCACAUUCGACCUGGCGGCCGCAAAAAAGGUGUGCCGCAACCCGCGGCUGCUGGCGCAGAUGGUGCCGCUGGUGCGACAGCGCAUCGCGGCACAGGCGGCGGCGGCGGGUGCCGGUGCCGGUGCUGGCGGGGGUGCUGGCGCUGGCGCGGGUGGUGCGGGCCCAUCAGGUACGGCGGGGGUGGGUUUGUUCGUCAUGUCGCACCCGCGUGUGCGGGACGUGGUGCGGCGCGAGCUGCGGCGGCUGUGGGCGGCAGCAGCACCCGCAGUAGCGGACCCCGCAUCUGACGGCGCUGGCAGUGGCGGCGGUAGCGGCAGUAGCGACAGUAGCGGCAGCAGCGACAGUAGCGGCAGUAGCAGGAGGCGGCUCGCGGGGGCCGGCAGGCCUAGGGGCGUGGGGGCUUCGGACGCGCUGGCAGCAGCAGCAGCAGCAGCCGGCGAUGGUGGCGCCGGGGAUGGAGACGGCGGCGCGGAGGCUGGUGACGAGCCAGCGGCAGCAGGGGCGGAGCAGCCGCAGACCCACGACCCGCCGCGUUACCAGGCGGCGGUGCCGCUGCCGCGGCUGUUCUUCAUCGACGUUGCGGACCUGCCGGGGGAGCUGCGGCACCACCUGGCCUCCACAAGCAUUCUAUCGCUGGUGGAGCAGCAGGUGUGUGCGGGUGCUGACGUGUUCGUCGGCACCGCCUCCUCGUCUAUCUCCGUCAUGGUGGCGCAGGAACGGACUGCAGCCGAUUGGGAGGCGUCGGCGCGGGGCGAGCCCAGUGGCCGAGUCACGGUGCUGCUGUAGGCUGUUUGCUGUGGUGACAAUCAUGAGGCCGAGCAAUGGCAGCAUGGAAGCGUGGAACGCACGAGGGCUCCGGCUGGCCGUGGCGUGCGUUUUGCCAUGAGUCCAUGACCCGAUAACUUCUCAAAGAGGAGCGAGGAGGUUAUUGUUAGUGUUGUUUAUUCAUUGAUAUUCAUAUUCAUGCAGUUGCUCGCUGCGUGUAUUCGUAAGAAGACAUGUCUGCGAGCAAAGAACUGAAAUUCGGACUGCAUGGUGACUUUACGUAUCAAAUGGCAGUGCUGCAUCACUCGCAAAGCUUGUCAACAUGUAAAGUCAGUGGGCC